GGAGGCGGCAGCUCGGAGCCCGCCGGGGCACCGCCAGCGUCGGCCGCGCCGGCCAUGGAUCCCUUGCCCAAAGACGGCGAGAGCGCGGCGGCCGGGGAGCCCAGCCGGGGCGCCGGCUCCUCCAGCGGGGUGGUGGUGCAGGUCCGGGAGAAGAAGGGCCCCCUGCGCGCCGCCAUCCCCUACAUGCCGUUCCCCGUGGCUGUCAUCUGCCUCUUCCUCAACACCUUCGUGCCAGGGCUGGGAACACUUGUAUCAGCUUUCACGGUGCUGUGUGGAGCCCGGACCGACCUCCCUGACAGGCACAUGUGUUGCGUCUUCUGGCUGAACAUUGCCGCUGCACUGAUUCAGAUCCUGACGGCAAUCGUGAUGGUUGGCUGGAUUAUGAGUAUAUUUUGGGGGAUGGACAUGGUCAUUCUUGCAAGGUCUUCACGUAGUCAUCUCUGCUGAUGACAUCUCUGUGGGAGGAGGAUCUCAGGAAACUGCCAGGCACCAGCAAAACAAUUAAAUGGAUGAAACCGAAAAGAACAGCAGGAAAACAGAGCAGAUUUUCAGAUGCCAAACCCAUCGGUUAAACCCGUCCACCAAACCACCUGCUACUUUCUGAGCCAGCUUCAAUUUACAGGCUGAGUUCAGGGUGAUCCACAUACACAGUAAGAUGAUGUGAGCAUGAGUGAAACAAAAGGCUUUCCUCAAGACAAAGGCAGCAUUACACUUUGUUUUCCCCUGCAAACCAGCAGAAGUUUCAUCUCAGAUGUACCUGCAUGUUGGGUAGCCUAAUGCGGAUAACAUGUGAGUCAGUCUGUAACUGUGAAAUGUCUCUAAGAACCUGCCUGAUUUGUGUGUAAUUGGGUAAUUACAUGCUUGUACCUAUACAUGCUAGCACUAUUGCCCUGCUGGACAGCCUCAGCAUGUGGAACGCUGCUGGCAGACCCACUUUUGGAGUGUCAAGCACCUGUUCAGACAAAGAGCUGCAGCUGAAACUGUGACUUACCUUCCUCUGUAGUCCUCCUUGUGUAUAGCAAAGACACACAUCAACUGGGCAAAUGGCUGGUGCUCAGGAGGCUCCAACUAGUUUUCUGAUUUGGCUGCUGAGGAUAAAACCACAGCUUCAUCCAGGUCCAUCUGCUAGUACAGAAGGGGAAGGGGAGCCCACAUGCCUCAUGUUAAGCAGCUCUGUAUUACCUGACAAGUUGCAGCCCUAGGCAGUUUCUUGUCGUCUCAUUAAAUAGCUAGGUUUUGAAUUUACUUACAAUAUAUAAUGGUAAUCCUGAAUACAUUAAGCAGCUCACAGUUGAUGGAAAAUAGAAGAAAAAAUAGCUUUUCAGUCACAGGAAAAAACAGAAGUGAUCAGUUGCUCCCAGCUGGAUCAAACAGCCUGCCAGGCCUGAAGUGAAAUGUGUUUGUUUUUUUUUCCAAUGCUUUGUUUUCAUGUAAAAACAAGAACAAAACUAAAACAAAAACUAAUUCAAAACUGAGUCAUUAGAAAUGAAACAAUGUUUUAAAUGCAAGAAAUAAGAGAUUUCAUUUAAAAACACUGCCAC